AUGGUCAAAAAUAUCAAACCAAGCAUACAACGAGAAAAAGGCAAGACCAAACACAAUUCGCGUAAACUGGAUUCUCGGCAAGCCUCUAACGCCUUUAGCUCACGUCGAUCUCGUAUAUCCCGCUCUUGUAAUUGCUGCAAAGAGAAAGGAACUUUAUUGCCUUGCACAAUUUGCUCACAAGCUUAUCACCUUACAUGUCUCGGUGUCUCUGAGCUAGAUGUCUCUUUUUUGCAUUGGGUCUGUAUUUCAUGUGCUGACAACUUUGAAAAAAGGCUCAUAGAAGAGGAUACAAGGCUUGUUAAAGCCCAAGCAGCUGAAAAAGAGUCUUGGGGGAAGAAGCUUUAUCAGAAACUUAUGAGGACAGAAGCCGAUACACUGAUGAAAAGAUUUAAAAAUAAGCACCCAGAUUUAGUCAAGGGAGGAAAAAUCGCAUAUCCUAUAGAUGAUACGCUUAUAUGGAAAAGCCCAGAGCUGCAUGAAGUUGAAGAGAAUGACCCUCCACUGCCAAAAGCUUAUAAUAUAAAUCCAGAGAUAUUGGGAGAAAUUCUUUUUAUAUGCGAUUUUUUAUUUACUUAUAAAGAAUUAUUACAAGUUCCUAAAGUAGGAAUUGACGUUCUUUAUAACGCUCUCAACACACAGCAUGAAAAUAAAAUUGUAAAAGAUUUACACAUAGGGCUGCUCAGACCUCUUGUCGCAAAGAUGAUUAAAAAAGACAAUAUCGAUAAAAAAAUGAGCAGAGGUCUCAGCUAUUUGCUGUGUAGAGCACAAAAAAUAGCAAACUUAGAAGACAUUAUGGACACUUCAUAUUUGAUUUUAUUAGAAAGCAUCUUUUCUUCAGGCUUGUGAAAUGAAUUUACCGAGGAUUCAGAGCCAUUUACGCAGAAAUUUGAACUAUUUCCACUCUCAAUUUGUUAUUAUGAAAAAUACACUUUACAAGAAAAAAUCCAAAUGAUCGCUUUGCUUAUCAGCAUGCUAUUAGACUCUAUCCAAUUUUAUCAAGAAAUCACCAAAAGAAUGGAAAAAAUAGAAAUCCUUCGCAAAGAAAAGCACGAUAUCCAUAUGCAGCUGAAGACUUUGCAAAAAGGGAAUAAAGUGAGCCUUGCUAGUACAGAAGUUUCAAACAUUAAUGACAGACUAGAAAAAGUUUUAUUAGAAAUGAAAGAUAUUAGGACUCGAUCUGAAUGUAUAGGCAAAGAUAGACAUUAUAAUGAAUAUUAUGUAUUCCCAUGAGAAAGAAAAUUAUUAUUCGUUAAGCGUUAUAAACCAAUUGAAGGAAAAGGAAAAGAAUCAGAGACAGGUUAUUGAUACUAUUAUAAUACAAAAGAAGAGGUAGAAUUGUUAAAGAAAUGGCUAUGUGAUAAAGGAAUCAGAGAAACAAAGCUGUCACUUGGCUUGGAAAAAUAUUUAUUUGAGCUAACUCCUCAUACUAAUGGUGAAGGAGAAUCUACAUCAAGCGAAGGUGACCUUGGGGAAACUGAAAAAGAAGGAAAAUUGGAAAACUCUGCAUAUAAGCUAGAAGAUUUAAAACAAAAAAUGAAAGAAGCAUACACAGCGACGCUGAACACACUUGGGAUUGGGAAUUCUGAAGUAAUGGACCAAAUUGAUGCAGCAAAUAAUGCAGAUCAGCUUAAAGAAGCUUUUAUUUCUUUAUCAAACUGCACAGGAUCAAAGCCAAUUGAAGCAGUUUCAGAAGAUUUGCCGAUAAAAAAAGCAAAAGUUGAGAUUUUUAUUUGGGAGGAUUAUGGAGACCUUUUUCAGUUUUAUUCACAAUAUUUAUCAGGUGUUGAACAAUUCCAAGAACUUUUCUUAUGCUUCCACAUAUUUGCAGCAGUUCUUUAUAGGUAUCUGGAAGCUCAUCAGCCAGAAAUUCCACCCGAAGAGACUUCAUAUAGCAUAGCAAGAAGAUCGUACCGUCUGGAAAGACUUAUAUUGUAUUAUAUUGAAUAUUCAUAUAAAAUAUUUAUUUACUUUAUAAGGAUAAAAUGUAGAGAUUCACUGGGAUUUAAAUUAUAGUAGAAUAGGAAACUACAGCAAAUAGAAGACGAAUUUCGCAACCAAGAACAAGUCUGCUAUGUAUGUGGAGAAGCAGGGCUUAUUAUCUGCUGUGAUGGAUGCCCAAAAGUCGCUCAUCAAGCAUGUGCAGGCCUUGACGAAAUUCCUGAUGGAGACUGGUUUUGCUCUGAGUGUGUGAUGAAAGCAGAAACAAUGCGCGUUACUCGUCAUAGAGCUAGGCUUACUAAAUGUAGAAAUUAA